AUGAACACCUUACUUAAAAAAUAUAGAAAACAACGUUAUGCCUGGCUUCGGUUCCUUCUGUUUUCCAAAAUUGAAGGUUCUCUGCCAGUUGCCCUCAGAAUUUUAUUGAGUUUGCAACCAUUCUGCUGUAACAUUUACAGGAAAUAUUAUCAAGAAAAUAAGAAAGUGAAGAGCACGUCCGGAAACACAGCACUUAAAAUAAUAGAAAAGCUCGAAAGCCUCGUCUCUAACCUCCGUUUGAAAUACUCCCAAAUGUUUUCAUUACUUUUUUUACAUUCAUACAACUGUCUGCAAUCACUCGCAACUGAGACUUUCCGGAUUAUUAAAAAGAGAGAAAAAAAUUUACUAUCGCUACUUAUACCUGGUUCCUGCAUCGAGAUCGCUCGACAUUUCGUGCUGAAGGAAUAA